UAUUUUUUUCAUGAAAAAUGACUACCGAAAAAGAAGUUACGCCGGAAAAUGAGUCCACAGUCGAUAAACCAAAAGAUGAAAAAUCCGAAGGGAAGAAACAUAAAAGGCAUCGUCAAAGUGAUGGAGUACCAAAUCGGGUAAUAAUUCGUCGUCUUCCCCCAACAAUGACUGAAGAAGAGUUCCUGCAUCAAAUUGAUCCGGUUCCCAAAUUCACUGCCUUUUCUUUUUGCAAACCCGAUUGGAGUUUGGGCGUCAUGGCAUCAUCUCGUGCCUACAUUACCUUCGAAAAUCCCGAAGAAAUUUUCGUUUUUCGUGACAAAUACGACGGAUACGUUUUCGUUGACGGCAAAGGCAACGAAUAUCCCGCCGUAGUCGAAUACGCUCCCUUUCAGGGCUUCCCGAAGACCCGUUCGAAGAAACGUGAUGCCAAAAUGAACACAAUUGAGCAGGAUUCGCACUAUAUUGCGUUUAUGGAGGCUCUGGCAAAGGCGGAAACCGAGAUAAAAACCGAAACGAAGAUGGAAUAUUCUUAUCAGGUGAAGGAAGACACGGAAAUUACGAGCACACCGCUUUUGGAGUACUUGGAGGGCAAGAAGAAGGAAAAAUUGGCGGAAAAGAAGCGAAAACAGGAGGAAAAGAAGAAAAAACGGGAGGAAGAAAAAAUGAUGAAAAAAGUAAAAUUAGCGCAAAAAAUCCCGGAAGCGAUUAAAGAAGAAGGAGCGACGCAGAAAAAAGAGCCGCAAGUGAAAAUUGAGCAACGAAAGGAGAAAAAGGAAGAAAAACGGGAUGAAAAGAAGAAAUCUAACGAGAAAAAGGAAAAAUCUCAAGAAAAACCUUCGACAUCGAAAAUUGAAGCAGAUGACGAUGGAAUUGUAGUUCGCGUUGUUCCCUCUCGAUUGGAUCGAAAUCAACGCAAAACCAAGGAUGAAGCGAAAGAAGAAGCUCGUCGCGAUAAAAGACGCGAAAGAGAUCGGAAACGUAAAGAAGAACGAGCCGAAAGGGAGCAAAAUCGUGGAAAUCGCGAAAAAAAUGACCGCGAUAAAAAAUCAAAUCCCCCAAAAGAGAAAGAACCCGUCAUCAAAGUCCUCAAACGUGAAACAGAUCCAGCGAAAUCCGAUCCAAAAGUCGAUUCGAAGCCACCUCCUCAACCCGAACCGAAACGCGAAGUCAAAAAAUACAGCGAACGUCGCAAGGAAAUUCGCGCUCGAGCUGAAACGCGUCGUAAUGAAGCCGAAGAAAAAGCUGAAGAGCAAACUUUAUCGAAAACUUCCUCGCUUGAUGUCUCGGCGGAACCUUUCAUCCCCGGCAAAAAAGUCGAAACGUGGAUCGUUAAAGAAGGACCUCCCAGCCACAUCGAUCCGUUCCCCAAAAAAUCAAUUGAGGAGAAAAUCGACAGUCACAGCGAGAGCUCGGCGAUGGAAUGUUGCGAAAAAUCCGACCAAAAACUCUCGAAGGAGGAAGCGGAACAGCGGAGACGCGAACGUGCUGAACGAAUUUCGAAUUUGCGGAAUAAAGAUCGUCCCUCGAUUGCGAUUUAUCAACCGCGACGUGUGCGGAUUGCGGCGAAUUUCGAUCAAAGUACGGAUAAUCGGGAGGAAAGUGAUGCAAAAGUUGAAGGAGAACGUCAGAAAUCUGGUAAAGGAGAGAAAAAACGGCAUGAGAGACGCAAAUCGCAUCGUUCGUCGGGCGAUGAAAAGUCGGAGAAACCGCGUCACAAGAAAAAGUCGGUAACGACAGAAGAUGAAAGUCGGGAGAUGUCGCGGCAAAAUUCGCAGGAAAAGUCUGAAAAUGAGGGAAGUCAUGAAAAUUCGGAGAAAAAAGAUUUUGUCGAGCCAAUUGUGGAAGCGGUUCAACAAUUAGCUAUUAAAGAAAGUGAAAAUCCGCAGGAAAAUUAAAUUUUGUUAAAAUUAAAGUUAAA